UCUGCAUAACAGUUGCCUUUCACGCUUCCAACCAUCUUCUUUAAUUCCAGCUUCCCCUCUCUUCCCUCUCUCUUUUAAUUUAAUUACUUUAUCUUGGAAAUCAUAUGUUCUUUAAUACCAUCAUUACCUUUUCUCUUUCCUUUAUUCUCUACUCUAUUAUCUCUCUCUCUCUCUUUCUUUCUACCUUCUUCAUCUUCCUUUCUCUCAUUUUUCCGGUCAUGUCACCGCCGGCCACCACCAAAAGCUGGAACGGCGGCCUGGAUAAACAUUAUCCUCCGCCACUCGCCACCCACGAUGAAGUUAUUUCCGACCCCAUUGUUUUUUGGGACACUUUGAGGCGUUUCCAUUUUAUGAUGAACACAAAGUUCAUGAUUCCUGUGAUUGGAGGGAAGGAGCUAGACUUGCAUGUUUUAUAUUCAGAAGUUACAAGAAGAGGAGGACAUGAAAAGGUUGUUGCAGAGAAAAAAUGGAGAGAAGUUGGAAGUGUUUUUAAGUUCUCUCCUACAACAACGAGUGCUUCCUUUGUAUUGAGAAAACAUUAUCUUAGUCUUCUUUACCAUUACGAGCAAGUUUAUUUGUUCGGCCGGCAGGGCCCCAUCUGUGUCCCUCAAGCGCCAUUUCCUCUUGGUAGCCCUACAAGUGAAAAUGAAUUGGCUUUGGUGGAAUAUACUCCCAAAACUACGUCGUUUUCCCCUGGUCCGCCUGCUGAAGUUACUGGAACAAUUGAUGGGAAAUUCGACUGUGGUUACCUUGUGACGGUGAAAUUGGGAUCUGAGAUUCUUAGAGGAGUUCUUUACCAUCCAGAGCAGCCACCUCCGUCAGAUCUCCGGCCUCAGUCUACCAAUGCCAUUGUACCGUAUACCGGUGGCAGAUAUCGACAUUCCGGUAGGCGGCACCGGAGGAGCCGGAGAAAGGGAGAUCCAAACCAUCCAAAACCAAACAGAAGUGGGUAUAAUUUCUUCUUUGCAGAGAAGCAUUACAAGCUCAAAUCUCUGUACCCAAACAGAGAAAGGGAGUUCACUAAAAUGAUUGGAGAGUCUUGGAACAAUCUUAGCCCUGAAGAAAGGACGGUUUAUCAAAACAUUGGGCUUAAAGACAAGGAAAGAUACAAGAGAGAGUUGAAAGAGUAUAAGGAGAAAAUGAGGCAGGCAAGUGAUGUUGAUGGAGUUUAUUCAAAACAUGGAGAGUAGCAGCAGAGGAGGAAGAAAAUUCAGCAGUUUUUUUUUUUUUUUUUUUUUCUUCUGGUGGGAUUUGCUAAAGUUAUAUGAUAUAUAGAUUUUGUAUCAUAUCGUAUCAUAUCCCCUAACUUUACAUGGCAAACCAUAGGUUUGCAUAUCCAUAGUGCUUGGCCACAAGUUUUUACAAUCACUUACAAAAGUUACUCUUGGAA